UCAGGGACAUUCUUCAUGACUUUGCCCCUGGCCAGGCAAGCUCUGGACUCUUUUCGGGCCUUGGCCAAGAGGCCACCCGGAAAAAAGCACUCUGCCUGCUUGGGCGCCUCUGGCUCUCGGCAGAAAACAAAGGCUCCUCACAGUCAGCUGGCUUCUGUCCUAUGGGAAGGCAAUGGGGAGGUUGGGGGGGGGGCGUCCAGAAUGCUGCCCUUUCCACCCAGCUAGGCUGUGCUCUGGCAGCCCACAUCUGAGUAAACUCUAGGCCAAAGGUCCCCCGGUGCUGUGAGACUGAUUUCCCUCCAGUACAUGUGGCCAGGUAGAAGACUAUCACCCACCCCCCACCCCCGCUCCAAGCUAUUAGACCCAAUCGAUGCUGUAUUCCCAAUUUACAUCUGUAAUGGGGCCAUCGACCCAACUAGUGAGUCCUGAGGGUCAGUUCCCUGCCCCCACAUGGCCCACAUCCCAGAGCUGGCCAGAGCAGAGUGGUUUUGGCAACCUUGAGCUGCAGCUGCCACAGCCACUGAUGGCCAUCCCAACAACCUCCUUAUCACUGUACUGAGAGAGGAUGCCAGGCCGGCAUGGGAGCCAAGCCUGCCUUCUAUCCAGCCGAGAAGGUUAGUUCCCUGGGCAAGGACUGGCACAAGUUCUGUCUCAAGUGUGAGCGCUGCAACAAGACGCUGACCCCUGGGGGCCAUGCUGAGCAUGAUGGGAAACCUUUCUGCCACAAGCCCUGCUAUGCCACACUGUUUGGACCCAAAGGCGUGAAUAUAGGGGGAGCCGGUUCCUACAUCUAUGAGAAGCCUCUGACUGAGGGCCCUCAGGUCACUGGCCCCAUCGAGGUCCCUGUGGUGCGAACUGAGGAGCGGAAGACCAGCGGACCCCCCAAAGGUCCCAGCAAAGCCUCUAGUGUCACCACAUUCACUGGGGAACCCAACAUGUGUCCUCGCUGCAACAAGAGGGUGUACUUUGCUGAGAAGGUGACCUCUCUAGGCAAGGAUUGGCACCGGCCUUGCCUACGCUGUGAGCGCUGCUCCAAGACGCUGACCCCCGGAGGGCACGCUGAGCACGAUGGCCAGCCCUACUGCCACAAGCCUUGCUAUGGAAUUCUUUUUGGACCCAAGGGAGUGAACACCGGUGCUGUGGGCAGCUAUAUCUAUGACAAGGACCCUGAAGGCACAGUUCAGCCUUAGAUCUGCAGAUGCUGUCCUCCGGGUCCCCUACUCGACCCUGAGGGAGAGUGACCUGCUGCCUAGUCCUGCCUGCCUCAGCGCGUCUUGCCUGCAAACCCCAGGGCCUAAGUGGUGGAGGAGGAAGCCUCCUGGGUAGUCUCCAGAACAGCCCAGAAUUGCAACUGUUUCUCUGUGUGUCACCUCGGCAUGCCCUGUGUCACCCACUGCCCUCUGUGUCUGUGUGCCUCCAUAGCCUCAUGUGUCCUGUGUCCCUGUGCCCAGCACCCUCUCUGUCCCUGUGUCCCCAUGUCCCUGAUAGCUCUCCGAGGUGGCUGUCCUAUAUCAUCCCUGUUGCCCACACCUGCCCACCAGUAUUAUUUAUGCUCUGCUUGCCGGUGAUGGCCAUGAGCUCACAGCAUUCCCAGGGUUCCCACUGCUGGUUCCCACACUACGCCCUACCUACCCCUCACGUGGUUCACAGCUACGGAGACUUUUGCUGUCAAUAAAUGGUUUGGUUUGAGGAUUGCA